AUGCUGCCUCAAGAUGAAAGAAAGAAGAUGGUUUUGAAGCUGUUUACUGCAUUGAAGGAUUCAAAUAUAUUCCCUGGGUAUGAUAUGGGACAAAUUAAGGAAGCUGCGAUUAGAGCUGAACAAAGGAUAUUUGAAGAGAGCAAAACUAGAGAAGAGUAUGUGAAUGGAAUGGACGAAAGAUUCAAAAGAAUAGAAAAGGCAGCAGGUGAAAGUAGAAGAGACCGUAGGUCUGAGCAAAAACAAGAAAUACCGUUCUCAGCAUCAGAUUCUUGGACAGGGAGAGCAGAAGGGUUUAAUCUUCAGGAUUUGAGUACGCAUAAUAAUUAUGAGAGAGACAGAAUGUUUUCAGGUAACUUAAGUAGAUUUGAAAGAAGUGGAACGUCAGAAUCUGGUGUUAUAGACAAUAUGCAGAAUGGAAGUCAGGAUUGGUUUACAUCGAUUAGGAAUGCAAGUGCGCAAAUGGACGAGGGACACUCAAUCACAAAAAAUGGCAUGCCACAGAAGUAUGGUUCACAGGAGAUGGGAAGUAAAAGAGAUAGAUCUAACUCUUGUACGAUUCAGAACUCAAUGCACAAACAAUAUAGCGUAGGAUCUCAAGAGUUUAAGGCUGGAUUUAUGCAUGGAAUGAACUUUUUGGGUGAUUUGUCAAGUAAUGAUAAAUAUAGGAAUGACAAUGAGAGCAUGCAUCAUAUAAAUGAAGAAAGAGGAAUAAAUGCAAUGUUUGAGCAACCUCUAUAUAAUGGAUAUUUUAAAGAAGCAGCUUAUAUGUCUAUGCGUAAUGAAGUAGAUGGUAAUCAGGAAUAUUUGAAGUAUAAUAUGAAAUCAAAUGAAUGCAGGUCUAAGAGCGAAGUUUUUACUAAGGCACCAAUUAUGAGAAAUGAUGAAAAGGUGAUUGCUCCAAACCCGAAUUAUUUGCAUGCAGGAAAGUAUUUUAUGCCACAAAAGCAUUCCGAACAACGCAUCCAUUUGCAAAACAACAUGUACACUUCACAAGCAAGAGCUAACAAUCAAAGAAUCAGUGAUCCGAGAAGUUACUCAUUAUCGGGGUAUGUUGGAAACAAUCACAUGGCUUCCAAUAUGAUGCAUGGAAGCCAAAGUAUGUUUCAAGAAUCAGCUAUGGGACCUGAAUAUCAGAAUCGUGGAGGAAGAGGGACAAACACAUUUUUAGCAAACUCUUCGAAUGGCUCUAAUAUAAUGGCCGAUGGAUGGCUGGGAUUUUCAUCUGUAUUUGAUAGCAAAGGAACUGGAAAUUCUAGAAAAUCUAUAGAGAAGGGAAUGAAAUCAUCACCAAUAUUUUUUAAUCAGCAGGUGCAGCAUCAGCAAUACUAUAACAGUCCACAAAAACAUGGAGAAAUAGGGCAUAUCCACACAAAGCCAAGAGCCGCAAUGACUCUAGACUUAUCACAGAGAUUUGAAAAGCAGCUGGGUCAAAUAGAUAUGUUUGAUAAUGAUCAUACAAAACUUGGUGAAAGCAUGAAUAAAACAGAUUACUACUUUAAUAGCGGAUCUCAAGGCAUGGAACCAGGUUUUAAAUCAGAAAGCUUUGCAGAUUACAUCAACAUGCAGAAUGGGAUUCACACAGAUACCUCAUACGCCAAUGCAGACCUGAAUAGUUCAUUCAGGUUUGAUUACUUGCAAUCAAAUAUGAACGAUUCGCAUACUACAAGCAAAGAGCUAAGCUACGAUGCAGAUCCAAUAGACUGCUCUACCCUGGGUUUUGCUAACUAUGGAAACCAGUAUGCAAAUAUUAAUGAUUCAAAUUCAGGAUAUAAAAAUGAUUCGUUUGAUUAUAAUGCAUCAUCAAAGCCACAGGCCAAUGAAAACAUGUCUGGUUAUGCCAUAAAUAAAGAGCAUAAGAAAGAAUUGUCUCCGGAUGCUUUAGCUGAUAUCGAUGAGUUUAUUAUAUCUAAUGGAUUAAAUAAGGUGCUUCUCAACAGUUUAGAGAUAUUAAAUAUGAAAUCAAAACUUGAAGAAGGUGUAAAUGCGAUUAGCAAGUCUCUUAAGGUAUAUAAUAGUUUUGAUGAUGCUUUUCCUAAAUCCAAAUUAAAAGUAAAGUAUAAACAUGCCAGAAUGUUUAUUGAAAAGCAAAUUGAAUGCAUGAAACACAACAUUUAUUUCUUAAAAGUCCGGAAUGUGGGUGGAUUGAUUGACCAAAUCAAUUCAUUGAUAGUUGACAUGAGCCAUGAAUUGAAAUCUGCAAAUGAAAGCAACACCAUAAUUAACUAUGGUGAUUGUCUUAGAGAUGCAUUGAAGGCUUAUUCAGAAAAGAAAAAAAGACUAAGUAUAUUUGGAUUGAACUUGAUUGGAAAGAACAAAAAUUGA